AUGACAAAUCUGGAACAUUUACCGAAUGAAGUAUUUCACGAACUAUUCGAAUAUUUCAACGUCAUCGAACUUAUCCAUGCUUUCAGAAACCUUAAUUCUCGUUUCAACAAGCUUCUUUUCACCAGUUUCCAUUCAUAUCGUCUAGAUUUCCGUUCAAUAUCCAAGUCGAAUUUCAAUCUGGUCUGUACGCGAUACUUACCGGGAAUUAUCGAUCAAGUUCACUUACUUUGUCUUUCCAACGAAUGUGAAACUCCACAAUUGUACCGACACCUUCUCAAUUUCAAUCUUACCGUUGACGAGUUCACACAUUUACAUGUACUUUUACUUCACAGAAUCGAUUCUGCGAAUGUUCUUCUGGAGAUAACAUCCGAUUGUUUUUACCUUCCAUAUCUCACUCAUUUGAAAAUUACCAAAUGUAAAUUUACCAGUGAAUGCGCUCCGAAAGAGCUACUUAACAACAUUUGGCAUUUGAAUUCUCUUACAAAUUGCACUUUGGAUAUGACAUUCGAACACAGUCCGAGAUUUUCUGGACUGUCGAUGAUCUCUAAAACAAUGAAAUAUCUCUCAAUAAAAUGUCACACAUUUUCUUCAAUGGAACUUAGUCAUCUAUUCAGUUUAACACCGUAUCUUCAACAUCUUUCUAUCAAUAUCGGAGAAACCGUCGAUAUUAAAUCACAACAUAUCAUUCCUGCGCUAUUCCUUACUCGUCUAAACCUUCAUUUUGGCGGUACGCUCUUCACUCUGACAAAGCUUUUGCAAAGUGCACCGAAUUUACGACAUCUCAAACUUGAAACUGAAUCGAUCAAUUUAAACGGAAACCAAUGGCAACAACUUCUGACGAAGUAUGUAUCCAAGAUUGAAACAUUUCGAUUUCUUAUUCGAGUUCUAUCAUUAAAAUCCGAUCAUGUCGAAGAACAUCUCGAAGAAUUCUUUCAAACUUUUCAAACUUCAUUUUGGCUCGACGAACAUCACUGGUACGUUCGAUGCGAUUUACCGCAGCAGUCGGAAUCGGUGGUCGAAAACGACUCUUCCACAGCUGGGUAA